AUGUCUGCAAGGCAAAGAAGCUGUAACUUUAAUGAAGACCGUAUAAGUGGACUACCAGAUGCCAUCCUCAUCCAUAUUCUCUCCUUAUUGCCAACAAUCGAUUCUCUGAACACAAUCUUGAUUCGACGAUUUAAUCACCUCUGGCCAUUCAUCCACACACUCACUUUUGAUCAAUGCAUGUUUCCGGGGCAUAACUAUGUCUAUUAUAGUCAAGCUAAUCGUCCUGACUAUGACGAAAGGUUCUUGAACUUUAUUCGUCAUGUGAUUCUUCUUAAUAAGAGCCCAACUCUUUAUAAGUUCUGCCUUGAUUUUCAUUUUAGUAUAUCUCAUUCAAUUCGACAGAGAGUAUCCAACAGAUGGCAGUAUGACUGUUUGAGGAGUGAGAAAAGAAUGGCUAAUGAAAUUGGUACUUGGAUCCAGUUCGCAUUAAAUAAGAAUUUGAAGGUCCUUGACUUGUCCAUCUCUGCACAUGGUACAUUUGAGCCCUGGGCUUAUUAUGAUCUGCCUAAUUUUAUUCUAAGCAGUCCUCAUUUGGUUGAACUCCGAUUGGCAUACUGUAAGAUCAAUGCAAAAAAGAAGAGCGAGUUGAAGGCUCUAACAACAUUUUCUCUUGAUAAUGUUAUGCUAAUGGAUCAAUCGAUGGAUUAUAUUCUAUCUGGUUGCCCGGUGCUUGAGGAAUUGACUCUGUGGUUUUGCUACGGCCAUAGAAGACUGGUUCUGCUCAAUUCGAAUUUAAAGACAUUGGUACUUGGCAUUAGAUGGUUUGGAACAAGGAUACACGUCUCAUGUCCAACUCUCCUAUCAUUAGACAUGUCUGAAACUGUGGAGGUACUGGAUAUUAUCAAUGUAGCAUCUAUUGUUGAAGUGUCUGUCAAUCGUAUGGAGAAGUUUGAUUUCAAAGAGUACAAGGAUUAUCAAGAAAUGAGAAUACUCCUCCAAAUAAUUACUGGGGCCAAAACUCUCAAGCUAUGUUCCUGGUUUGCUCUGGUAUGUGGCUUUUUCUCUUUCUCCACAACUUCUCCAGGUAUAUUUGAGAUUUCUGACUUUAUGGAGAAAUAG